AGGAUGCAAGAUGCUGAGUAUCCCUGUCAAAAUUUCAAGUGAGGGAAGCUUUUGAACUUCUCAACAGCAAACACUCCACUCACACACCACUUGCUUAUCAGCAUACCUACACAUACAUAAUAAACCUCAAUUGCAUACCACACCGUCAAGAUGCCUCACGACCACUCUGCGCACGAGCAGACUCCGGAGCAGCUCGAGGUUCAAUUCGAGCAGCUGAGCUUGCUUGAGUCGAAGUUCGAGGAUGCCGAGUCUGAAGUCAUCCGCAAGUCCGAAGCCAUCAAGGGCCCUCUCUACAAGGAGCGCACAUCAUUCGUCGCCAAGGUCCCUCACUUCUGGUCGCUAGUCUUUGAGCAGUGCCCUCCAGAGGUCGAGAACUUCAUCCAGCCCACCGACUCCGAAGUUUUCGCGGACUGCUUCGAGACCUUCGAGGUUUCUCGUUUCGAGGUUGACGACCCCAAUGGCUCGCCGCGCAGCUUCUCGCUCAAGUUCGGCUUCUCAGAGAACGAGUGGUUCGAGAACAAGACAUUAGAGAAGAAGUUCUGGUACCGUCACACCCAGGACUGGGACGGUCUGGUCUCGGAGCCUGUGAAGAUCAACUGGAAGAAGGGUAAGGAUCUGACUGGCGGUCUUACAGACGCGGCUGUCAAGCUGCACGAGGCGAGGAAGAAGACCACCGACAGGAAGAAGGAGAUGGCUCUGCCCGAAUACAAGGACCUUUCCAACAAGAUUGAGACUGCGGCCGACGCCUCCGUCAGCUUCUUCGGGCUUUUCGCGUUUGUCUCGGGCUACCGCUGGGUCGGCGCUGAGGAGUCUGCGGAGGCAGUGAAGAAGGACCGCGAGACGCUUGCCAAGAUCAAGGCCGGCGAGAAGGUCGACGAGGAGGAGGAUGAGGAUGAUGAAGACCCCCAGGACUACCAGGAGACUGAGGUCUUCCCUGGCGGUGACGAGGUCGCGACCAUCAUCGCCGAGGACAUGUGGCCUAACGCUCUCCGAUACUACAAGGCACACUUUGAAGAGGAUGGCGAGUUCGACGACGAGGAUCUCUCGGAGCUCGACGUCGACAUGGAUGAGGACGACGAGUCCGCUGAGGAGGUCGACAUCCGCGCGCUGGUUGGCAAGGGCAAGAAGCAGGACGAGCCGCCGUCUAAGAAGCAGCGCAAGGCUUAGAUGGACGCUCUAGGAUAACAGCGAUCUUCGCCAGGGAGAUUGGGAAGGUUGAGAAUAGUGCUUUACGCGGACGCUGCAGUUAGAUACCAAUGCACACUUCAUCAUCGCUCCCA